UCUGAAUCCUGUUAUACUGACAUUGCAUCUUGACACAAUGUCGACUCCUACCCUCAUCAACCUACCACCUCCUCCUUCGGACCCCGUCACUCCAGACAUGGGACCAGGCACUCCCAAUUCUGGCACGACUUCCCUGUCUGCGCUGUCAACCACAGCCAUCAAAGACGGUCACCAGGGCCAACCUUUCCCUCACGGUCGGCACGCUCAUCAUUCGUCCACCGCUUCUAUCUCGUCCACAAACACCCUGGACGCGGAGCGCGCAGAUCGCAUCUCCCGCCUGGCCGGCUUGGAACGGGUCGCAACCGCACGAGCUGGUGGCCAGUCACCUUCCAAUGCCGCAUUUCCUUUGUCCCACACACCCGGCUACUUUGAUGGCCUUGCGGCACUCAAGGAGCGAAGCACCGUGGGCAGUGCGAGCGCUACAGGCAGUAUCGGUGGUCACACGACUUGGGCGAGCGGCAGUGAGGCCUUCGAUGCCGAUAAGAUGAGCGAGGGCCCCGACGAUAGCGUUUCUAGUGUAGGUAAUAUCAGUGACGAAGGCAAUGCCAGCUUGGUUGGCUUCGGCGAAGGCGCCAACAGCACUAUUAGCGGUCCUACCUCACGCCCGGCUGGCAUCAAUCGCUUGUCCUCUGGUGGUGCCGGCGCCCGUCCGACUUCCAUGGGAAGCUCAAAUGUCAGUCGCCCGAAUCCGAUUGCUUCAUAUGUCCAGCAACAGCAGCAGCAGCAGCAGCAUCAUGACUUUGCCGGUGAUAGUCCCAUGAUGUCUUCUUCACCCGCUGGCUCUAACACCCCGGAGCCUCUCUCGGAAGAUGCGCGUAUGAUUGACGGCAUGACCUUUGACCAGGAUGUGGUUGAUACCACUGCUCGUACGCCACGGAUUGUUACGCCGUCCAACCAGGGCGCCAGCGGAUUUGGGGCCCCGCGUGAAUAG